AUGUGUCUACGACUUCAGCAGUCAACGUUGACCUUGAGGAGUGACGAGCCAGCGCUCGUCAGUUGGCCAAUCAGCUGCGGGCUAGGUCUGGUCGCCGUUGCAGCGUCUAACUGGAGAAGGCUGUGGUGCAGGUGUGGUGCACGGUUCAUUUAUGUCAUGGAAUUGCCCGAUGUUUACUAUUCAAAGAACCGUUAUAUUGAAACAACCAGUGGAAACAAAGUCAGUCGACAAUCUAUAUUGUGCGGAAGCCAAAAUAUCGUUUUGAACGGGAAGACCAUCAUAAUGUCGGAUUGUAUUAUUCGUGGCGACUUGGCUAACAUCCGUAUAGGACGACACUGUGUCAUCGGUCGUAAGGCCGUGAUCCGACCUCCCUUCAAGAAGUUCAGCAAGGGUGUCGCUUUCUUCCCUUUGCACAUUGGAGAUAAUGUGUUUAUUGAAGAGGAUUCAGUUGUGAACGCAGCUCAAAUUGGAUCAUAUGUACACAUAGGCAAAAAUUGCGUAAUUGGUCGGCGGUGUGUGCUAAAAGACGCGUGUGCUAUUAUGGACAAUACUGUUCUUCCUCCUGAAACGGUUGUUCCCCCGUUCACGGUGUACGGAGGCUCGCCUGGUCGACAGAUUGCAGAAUUGCCAGAAUGCACGCCGGAUCUAAUGACGGAUUUAACUCAGGGUUUCUAUCAUCAUUUCUUGCCAACAAACGACCCCGUCGCCCAGUCCUAAUUUUUCGCUUCUGUGUUUCCGGAUGUGUUUUGGCUACUGCUGUUCACUAAUGGGUGUGUUUUAUCAUCACCACCGGGACACGGUUGUUUCCCAUUCGUUAUUCAUGACGUAUAUCUGUGAUAUGUUACCUAAAUUCAUUAGUCAAUAAAACUGGGUUGUAUUACAGUGUGGUAUUUCUGCGUUGAGGCGUGCCUUCUUUACCUAUACUAUCCGUUGACUAACUGU